CAUGAAGGGCGGGGAAUUCUCUGUUUUCGCGCGCGCGACGCGGGCGUCCUCUGCCUGGUCGCAAGUCGUGGCGGGAGAGCGCAGGGCUUCCUCGGCAGCGAUGGCGGAGGCGGCUGGUGUUGCUGCUGCGGUGGAAGAGCCGGAUGGGGACUCGGAUGCGGGCAGCGAGGAGGUGGUACUGACCCCGGCCCAGCUCAUCCGCAGCCUGGAGCAGGCCUGGAUGAAUGAGAAGUUUGCCCCUGAGCUGCUGGAGAGCAAGUCGGAGGUCGUUGAGUGUGUUGUUGAGCAGCUGGAACACAUGGAGACAAAUCUUAAACAGGCCAAGAGAGGUGAUCUCAAGAUCAGUAUUCACCGCAUGGAGGUCGAGAGGAUCCGAUAUGUCCUCAGCAGCUACCUGCGCUGCCGUCUCCGGAAGAUAGAGAAAUAUUUUCCCCACGUCCUGGAGAAAGAGAAGACACGGGCCGAGGGGGACCCAUCCAUCCUAUCGCCGGAAGAGUUUGCCUUUGCCAAAGAGUACAUGGCAAACACAGAGGCUCAUCUCAGAAAUGUGGCCUUGAAGCAUAUGCCUCCUAACCUGCAGAAAGUGGAUCUCCUGAAGGCUGUUCCCAAACCAAAUCUGGACUCUUUUGUAUUCCUGCGGGUGAACGAGAGGCAGGAGAAUAUCUUGGUGGAAGCAGAGACUGAUGAGCAGAGUGAAUACGUGAUUGACCUGGAUGAAGACUCUCAGCAUCUGAUCCGGUACAAAACCAUUGCCCCCUUGGUGGCUUCUGGGGCAGUUCAGCUCAUCUAAGCACCAUGGAGAUGUGUGGGCAUUUUUGCAAAUGCUGGACAGGAGAUUUAGCCCCCAUCACCAGGACUACUUGGUGACCAUCCUGGCCUAGUUUGGAAUUCACCUCCAUUUGCUUGUUCGUGUCUGGACUACUCUUCAUGCAGCUAAAAUAGCAACAUGAGACCAUCCCUGGGGGAAUGUGCCCAGUGGACAGCAAAUAAGGGGUAGUAUUGUCUCCGCAGAGAGGAUUUUGGGUGUGGGACAGCUUGAUGAUUGGUCAUCUUGGCUACAGAAAGAGGCAUAUCUGCUGUUCUGUUGCAAUACCAGUAGGUGGCGAUGUUGCACUGGACCUAUUGUGGGCAUUGUUGUCGAGUUCUUGCACAACAGAGUUGAAAUUAUUUCACUGGUGGCUGCAUGUCAGUGGGCCAGUGGAAUCCGCUUCGGGUUUUAGCCUGAGCUUUAAAGGAGUUGUCCAAGGUGCUUCAGCUCCUUGAAAGUACAGACUGAAACCCAGAGCUGAUUCCACUAACCCAAUGACAUGGUGCCACCAGCUGCCACUGUGAAAUAUGUUUUCAUAGCCGUAAGGGGUAUGCUUGUGAACUAUGCAUGCAACUCUCUGGGCAUCUGUGUAUAUCUGAAUCAACUUACCAAAAGCUCGACACCCGUUUCUUGAAGGACCAGAAACAAUCAUUUGCCACAUAA